AUGGGAGGCCCCUUUGAAUUGCAACUUGCAAAACGAGCCUGUGAAUCUGUGAUUGAAGACGUGAAGCAGGCAAGCAGCGGUGCGGUGCCGGUGAAGUGGGUUUCGACUUCUUCUUCUUCAGUCUUCUCUUGUUCUUCAUCCUCAUCCAGAUCGGCAGAUCCAGUGGCGCUGUCGCCGCUGUGGCCUGUGGCGGACGGCGAGGAGAGGCGCGACCGACGCCGACAGCCAACUACCGACUGCGACUGCGAGGAGCCGAGGAGAGGCUGCGACUGCGAGCUUGUUCUUCUUCUUCUGUGUCACUGUGUGUGCUCUCCACUCUCCAGUCUCCGCUCUCGAGCUCUCCCCUCUUUUCUAGAUCAUUACGUAGGACAAUGUGGGAGUGAUGCUUUCGUGAYAGAUGGUUUUAAUAGUUGGAAUAAAACGGAAAGACUUGGUCUUCAUGUCGGCGACAUCAAUAGUUUUCACAAUAGAGCACUUAAGAAAAGUGAGGAUCUAAUGAGCCAAGAUCGAUCUAUUGCUAAUGCAUUGCCCUUUCGUGGUCACGAUGAAUCUGAACUGUCUAUCUCUAAAGGCAUGUUCUUGGAAACAUUAGUCUUAAUUGGUGAUUGCAAUGAGGAUGUAGGUAAAGUUAUAUUAAAAAAUGCUCCAAAGAAUAAUCAAAUGGUGUCUCCAAGUAUUCAAAAAGAUAUUGCUACUUGUUUUGCAAAUCAAAUACUCAAAUCCAUUUGUGAAGAAAUUGGUGAUGAUGUGUUCUCAUUGCUAGUUGAUGAGUCUAGUGACGUUUCUAAGAAGGAACAAAUGGCGGUGGUUUUACGAUAUGUUGAUGMRYRUGGUAUUGUUAAAGAGAGAUUUUUUGGUAUUGUUCAUGUGACGGGGACAUCUUCUUCAAUUCUUAAAUCUGCCAUUGAUAGUUUAUUUGCCGAACAUGGAUUGAGUUUGAAACAAGUAAGAGGGCAAGGUUACGACGGAGCAAGCAAUAUGAGGGGUGAGUUCAAUGGAUUAAAGGCCUUGAUCUUGAAUGAAAAUAGCUCGGCAUAUUAUAUCCAUUGUUUUGCUCACCAACUUCAAUUAGUUGUUGUGGCGGUUGCCAGUAAACAUGACGGAGUUGAGAACUUUUUUAAUAUGUUAGGAAUGGUGAUCAAUGUGGUGAAUGCUUCUUGCAAGCGUAAAGACAUGCUUCGACAAAGUUACAAAGAUAGAGUACAAGAAGCAAUUGGUAAGUGUGAAAUUGAUACUGGAACAGGGAAAUGCCAAGARCUUUCUCUUAUACGAGCCGGAGAUACACGGUGGGGUUCUCAUUACAAAACCAUUUUGAACUUGAUUGCUUUGUUUCCGAAUGUUGUUGAAGUGCUCCGGUAUGUUGAAGAGGAYGGGGACAAUGGUUUUAGUCGCACUCAAGCAACUGGUAUUUUAGCAUAUUUGAAGACAUUUGAUUUUGUGAUUUAUUUGCAUUUGAUGUUUCAUAUUUUAGAGGUCACAGACUUGUUGUCACGGGCUCUUCAAAAAAGGGAU